AAGUGGUUUGGUUCAAUAGGUGGCGAUGUUCGCGGAAAGAUUGUGUUUGCAAAACAAAGAAGAAAAAAAAACAUCCUUUAGUAUUUCGCUUCAUCCUUACCGGUUAGCCUAAACCUUACAUUGUGUUUUAUGUGAAGUUUGUUGAAGAUGCCAGUGGCAGUCAUGCUUGGGGAACAUUACGAGAAGCUUCUGGAGCAGUGUGAAACUCAGGAGCUGGAGGCUCCAGGUGGCAUUGCAACUCCACAAGUUUAUUCCCAGUUACUGGCCCUCUACCUACUGCACAAUGAUAUGAACAAUGCCAGAUAUCUUUGGAAGCGGAUUCCACAAGCAAUCAAAACGGCAAACCCAGAACUGGCAGCUAUUUGGGCAGUAGGACAGUGUAUCUGGCAGCGAGAUUUCCCAGGCAUCUACAGUGCAAUUGCUGCCCAUCAGUGGUCUGAACCAAUUCUUCCUGUAAUGGAGUCUCUCAGAGAGUCUACCCGCAGGAGGGCAUAUGGCCUUGUAGCCCAAGCAUACACCUCAAUCAGUGCAGAGGACUUUGCCUCCUUUGUGGGAUAUUCUGUGGAAGAAGCUGUAAAGGGUGUGAUCAGUCACGGAUGGCAGGCAGAUCCCAAUGCCCGGAUGGUAUUACCACAGAAACCAGAUCCACCCCCUGUCUCUUUGGUUCCAAACGAGCAGCAGCUGGCCAGACUCACUGACUACGUGGCUUUCCUUGAGAACUGAUCCCCCUACCCUUAACACCCCCCCUCCCCACACACACACACACACCCCACUCCCACCCCUUUUCCAUCUUCUCAGCUAAACUGUGUGAUUUCAAAGGUCUUAAGUAUGUUCUUCCUGUUUUUGACUGAGUGACAUGCAGGACUCUCCCAGAUGCUGAUCUUACACUAUGCAUGUGUUUCUUAAAGUUGGAUUUGAUUUUGCAGUUGUUCAAUGUACAGUAUUUAGCCUGUGCUCUUUUCAUUUGCCAGCAUAAAUAAGAAAUUAGUAUUUAGCAUAAAGACUCAGUUUAAGUAUUCCUUAAAAUUUACAUGGAAAAUUCAUGCACGUCAAAAAUGAAUCACUAGACAGUUCAUGAUGGUCUCCAUGUAUUAUAAUGACUAAUUUUUCCUUAAAUCCCAUGCUAUGUUGUCCACAGGGAGCAUAAAAGACUGUUGUGCAUAUUUUUACUUAAUGCUAAAAGUGCAUUAUAAAGGCGUAAUGAGAGUGCACAAGUGAGAAGACAAACCAUGCGUGUGUCAUAUGUCAUACAUAUGAGGUGUACAUGCAACCAUGGAAUAUUAACCCCAAAGCUUACGACUGACUAGGAAUAAAUAGAAUACAACUAUGUUCAGUGCUGCAUGUAUUGAAAUAAAGUUUAAUGUUUAAUGCAAUUGGCCAGCAUUCACAGAACACUUGAAGACCUUAUCUAAACUUUUUCCUUCAAACUUCUUGAGGAAGUUUCUCUCUUUUACAUGUUACGUGUCUGUGAUUGCCAUGUUUUAAGCACAUAAAAUGAACCAAGAAGUCUGUGUGCAUGUAGUAAAAUUUGUCAUUCUACAGUCAGUAUACAUCAGGCUGUUGGUUUUUAUCAUGUGUAUUUCUUCUCCGAAGGGGGCUGGGGGUGGCUUGGACAUAACAAAAACAUCUGCCGUUGGCAGGAAAAGAUGGCUUUUACCAAGCAAAAUCUAGAUCUGUUUUCAUGUGAUAGCAAAGGCAUUUACUUUGCUGGAGUUUUAUGUGCAGGUUCAAAAGAAGCAAAUAAUAAAAGAAAAAAUAAAUGAA